AUGUCCACCGCCAUCAAUGCGAGUACGUGGGCUACCAUUGAUGCUAUACCUCUAGAUUUUGAAAGUCGAGAGGAGUACCUUAUGCCACGUCCAAUUCAAUCUUCUAACGUCAAGGCUACCCAUUUGCUAUCGUUCCUCACUGAACCCCCAUCAGAUACGGAUCCUGGUGGAGGAACGAUGAUUGAAGGACCCACAAUACCCAUUGAAGAUUAUCAAUGCUUUCGUCAAGGUUUUACCGAACCUGUAACGUUCACUAUGUAUCCAGAAACAUUUCGAGAUACUGUCUUCAACAGCAAAAAAGUUAUUAACAGCGUCUUGAGAGUCUCUAAUUUCUUCUGUCAUCAUCAAUCAAGAACCGAUCCGGCUCCAUUUUACUACUCUUUUGACAAUCUCGAGCUUGGGGACAAGGAACGUUCCUAUGAAAAGGUUGACAGUGAAGUCAGUCGCAACUACAAUUUCACUCUAUCCUACUUGCCCGACGAUAUCAAAUCUGAGUUCAUCCAAGACGAUAUCUUGAAGCCUUUCCGCUCCGUCGAGUUCACUAUUGACCUCAGUAACAACACCGAAGAUCAUCUAUUGGAAUCUUUCAAACAGGAUCAUCCAGAAAACGUUGACGUGACAGGAAAGUUAGUAAGUCUUCCAGUCAAUGAAUUGGUCGCAGGCGUGGAUGGGAUUAGUCAGCAAUCCUUUGCAUAUGAAGGCUCCUGGAUAAGUACUGGACUCAACUUGUCACUCAAUGUGGAUUCACCAAAUACGCGCACAACACUCGAAGGCGAUGAAGACGCUGUGAAGGACAAGCUUAGAAGUCUACUUCAAGACCGAAGAUUCACGAUACCUGCAGUAUCAUCGCUGAUCGUUGAGGGAGACGACAUGUCCGAUGCAUUAAGGAGGCGGAUACGUCAAGAACACGUCGACCAAGCAGCUGGACAAAAUAGAGGAACGGCAAAUGAGUUGGACCGGAGAAGAUUCAUGCUCGCCGAAUAUCAAGAGGCAUUGAGCGAACAGCUUCAUGGACCUUUAUGA